GAGACUUGGUUUCCUGGGUCAGUGACCUGCUUAGAGGGAAGCAGCGGGUCUGCGCCUGGAUUUCGGAGUCACGGUGCUGCUGCAGCUCUGAGCAUUCCCACGUCGCCAGAGAGCCCGUGGGGAAGGAGAGCAUGUCUGCUUUCAGGUUGUGGCCGGGCCUGCUGAUCGUGCUGGGUUCUCUCUGCCGUAGAGGUUCAUCCUGUGGCAUUUCAACGCACGUAGAAAUAGGACACAGAGCGCUGGAGUUUCUUCAGCUUCAUAAAGGGCGUGUUAACUACAAAGAGCUGUUGCUAGAACACCAGGAUGCAUAUCAGGCUGGAACCGUGUUUCCUGACUGCUUUUACCCUGGCAUCUGCAAAGGAGGAAAAUUCCAUGAUGUGUCUGAGAGUACUCACUGGACUCCGUUUCUUAAUGCAAGCAUUCAUUACAUCCGAGAGAACUAUCCUCUUCCCUGGGAGAAGGACACAGAGAAAUUGGUAGCUUUCUUGUUUGGAAUUACCUCUCACAUGGUGGCAGAUGUCAGCUGGCAUAGCCUGGGCAUUGAACAAGGAUUCCUUAGGACCAUGGGAGCUAUUGAUUUUCACGGCUCCUAUUCUGAGGCUCACUCGGCUGGUGAUUUUGGAGGAGAUGUGUUGAGCCAGUUUGAAUUUAAUUUUAAUUACCUUGCACGACGCUGGUAUGUGCCAGUCAAAGACUUACUGGGAAUUUAUGAGAAACUCUAUGGUCAGAAAGUCAUCACCGAACGUGUAAUUGUUGACUGUUCACAUAUCCAGUUCUUAGAAAUGUACGGUGAGAUGCUAGCUGUUUCCAAGCUGUAUCCCAGUUACUCUACAAAGUCCCCGUUUUUGGUGGAACAAUUCCAAGAGUAUUUUCUUGGAGGACUGGAUGAUAUGGCGUUUUGGUCCACGAAUAUUUACAAUCUAACAAGCUUCAUGUUGGAGAAUGGGACCAGUGACUGCAGUCUACCUGAGAACCCUCUAUUCAUUGCAUGUGGCGGCCAGCAAAACCACACCCAAGGCUCGAAAAUGCAGAAAAAUGAUUUUCACAGGAAUUUCACUACAUCCCUAACUAAGAAUACUGAGAGGAAUAUAAACUAUACUGAAAGAGGAGUGUUCUUUAGUGUAGAUUCCUGGACCCCGGAUUCUGUGUCCUUUAUGUACAAGGCGUUGGAAAGGAACAUCAGGACCAUGUUCGCAGGUGACUCUGAGCUGUCACAGAAGCACGUCUCCAGCCCCUUGGCCUCUUACUACUUGUCGCUUCCUUAUGCAAGGCUUGGCUGGGCAAUGACCUCAGCUGACCUCAACCAGGAUGGGCAUGGCGACCUCGUGGUGGGCGCACCAGGGUACAGCCGCCCCGGCCACGUCCAUGUCGGGCGCGUGUACCUCCUCUACGGCAGUGGCCUGGGCCUGCCCCCCAUCGACCUGGACCUGGACCAGGAGGCGCACGGGAUCCUUGAAGGCUUCCAGCCCUCAGGUCGGUUUGGCUCGGCCUUGGCGGUGUUGGACUUUAACCAAGAUGGCGUGCCUGACCUGGCUGUGGGCGCUCCCUCCGUGGGCUCCAACCAGCUCACCUACAAAGGUGCCGUGUAUGUCUACUUUGGUUCCAAGCAAGGAAGAAUGUCUUCUGCCCCUAACAUCACCAUCUCUUGCCAGGACGUCUACUGUAACUUGGGCUGGACUCUGCUGGCUGCAGAUGUGAAUGGAGACAGUGAGCCUGAUCUGGUGAUUGGCUCCCCCUUUGCCCCAGGCAGAGGGAAGCAGAAGGGAAUGGUGGCUGCGUUUUAUUCCGGCCCCAGCCACAGCGACACAGAAAAACUGAACGUGGAGGCGGCCAACUGGACGGUAAGAGGCGAGGAAGACUUUGCCUGGUUGGGAUACUCCCUUCACAGCGUCACCGUGGACAACAGAACCUUGCUGCUGGUGGGGAGCCCCACCUGGAGGAAUGCCAGCAGGCUGGGCCAUUUGUUACGCAUCCGAGAUGAGAAAAAGAGCCUUGGGAGGGUGUAUGGCUACUUCCCACCAAACAGCGAGAGCUCGUUUACCAUUUCUGGAGACAAGGCAAUGGGGAAACUGGGUACUUCCCUGUCCAGUGGCCGUGUGCUGAUGAACGGGACUCUGACGCAGGUGCUGCUGGUUGGGGCCCCAACACACGAUGACGUGUCUAAGAUGGCAUUCCUGACCAUGACCCUGCACCAGGGCGGAGCCACUCGGAUGUAUGCGCUCACACCCGCUGCACAGCCCCCGCUGCUCAGCACCUUCAGUGGAGACCGCCGCUUCUCUCGAUUUGGUGGCGUUCUGCACUUGAGCGACCUGGAUAACGAUGGCUUAGAUGAAAUCAUCAUGGCAGCCCCCCUGAGGAUAGCAGAUGUAACCUCUGGACUGCUUGGGGGAGAAGAUGGCCGAGUUUAUGUAUAUAAUGGCAAAGAGACCACCCUUGGUGACGUGACAGGCAAAUGCAAAUCAUGGAUAACUCCAUGUCCAGAAGAAAAGGCCCAAUAUGUAUUGAUUUCUCCCGAAGCCAGCUCAAGAUUUGGGAGCUCUCUGAUCACCGUGAGGUCCAAGGCAAAGAACCAAGUCGUCAUUGCUGCUGGAAGGAGUUCUUUGGGAGCCCGACUCUCUGGGGCACUUCAUGUCUACAGCCUUGGCUCAGAUUGAAGAUUUCCCUGCACCUCUCCACUCUGCCCCCUUCUCUCAAGCUGAAUCACAUCCAUGGUGAGCAUUUUGGUGGACAGAGUGGCAUAUCCAGUGGAGCUAUGGUAGAUCCUGAUAGAAACACAAAGCAGCAGCCACACUCUCUGCAAAGAAAUCUGACACAAUUAUAUGGCUGCACCAGGGGUAUGUGAAAUAGCAGACACUCGGCUUAGUCAUAUCCACUUCAAGUUUACUUCCUUGCUCCCUGUGCAUCUAAACCUUCUUCUUUCCUAACUUACUGCCUGUAAUGAGACCUGCUGUACAACCUCUUUCUUCCUCUUGAAUGUCUUUCCAGUGCCUGGAAAGGUCCCUCUGUGGCUAUCUGUUGGAACAAUCUUUGUACACAAUUCCUCCUAAAAACAUCCUUCUUUAAGAAAGAAUUGUAAAAAAAAGAUCAUGCCCUUUGCAGGGACAUGGAUGGAGCUAUAGGCCAUUAUCCUUCAUAAACUGAUGCAGGAAC